AAAACUCAAAAGUGAGACUUCCGCCGCGUCAUAAACCACUACAACAGCAAUCAAUCAGGCCACAUCCUUCCCGAAUCCCCUCCCCUUGGCUGUCUCUCUCAUGGCGGGCAAGCUGACCCAAGCGCAGGCGGACGAGUGCAGGGAGGUCUUCGAUCUGUUCGACGGCGACGAGGACGACCGCAUCGCCGCGGGCGAGCUGGUCACGGCGCUCCGCUCCCUGGGGCAGAACGUCGACGAGGCCGAGGCGCGGCAGUUCCUGGAGGACGCGGGCGCCGGCUCCGGCGGCAGCGGCAGCAUCGACUUCGCGACGUUCCUGGCUGUGGCGGCGCGCAAGGCGGGCGCGGGGGUGUCGGAGAAGGGCCUCGCGACGUGGCUGGACGCGUUCGACGACGCGCAGAGCGGCGCGAUCCCCGCGGAGCAGCUGCGGCAGGUGAUGGUGACCCACGGCGACCGGCUGACGGAGGAGGAGGCCGACGAGAUGCUCCGCAAGGCCGACCCCCGCGGCGAGGGCCGCGUCCUGUGCAAGGAGUUCGUCAAGGUGCUCAUGAACAAGUAGUGAUUGUUGAUUUAUCUGCGGUGUGGCUUGAUGAGCAAAGCAGUGGAGUCUUUUUGGUUGGUGAUCCUUUUUGGGAAUGAUCUUGAGACCGAUGAGUGUUUGGUGAGGAAAUAGUUCCAUGUUUCUGAAAUUUGUGAUGAAUACUGGGUGCGAAUGCUUCGUACUACUACGAUGCAAACCUGCGAUAUAUCCCUAAAAUGUAUUUGGACGGAACUAGUGGGUGCAUGUGCAUUUUAGGGGUGCCCGAGAUGCACACCUCAAAAAGGAAAGUUCCGGAUGAGCUUUUCUUAAA